CAUUCCACCUCGGUCGGAUCCCCAGCCUGCAGGGUGGGACGGUCGCAUUCUGUUUUAGUGCUAAAGCAGACCGGGUAUGCGCUCAGGGACGGGGGCCAGAAUGGCGUCCGUGACUCCCCUCCGUCUGCUGCUGUUUCUCCUAGCGACCUUCGGCGCGCUAAUGAGAUCUCCGUUGGCCGAGCUUUUUGAUUAUUCAAGCAGUCAAGGAGACAUAGCGCCAAAUUCUCCUUCUGAUAUCUCGGCGAGAGGUCGGCCCCGCCGCUCAACUCCGAUGCCCGCUGUCACGUACUUGGAACUGCUGGUAGUGGUCGGACCCGACGUCCAGCACAUCCACAAGCAGGACACGGAACGCUACAUACUCACCAACCUCAACAUCGCCUCGGAACUGCUGCGGGACACGACUUUGGGAGUCAACCUGAGGGUGCAGCUGGUUCGCAUGAUCAUCCUGUCAGAAGCAGAGUCCGAGAUCCAAUUGUCUACAAACAUCACGGCUUCUCUGCAAAGCGUUUGCAAGUGGGGCUCCCGGUUGAAUCCGUCCGAUGACACAGACCCGUUGCACGCCGAUCUGCUUCUGUAUAUUACAAGGUAUGACCUGGUGUUGCCCAACGGCAACAAGCAGGUCAGGGGAGUGACGCAUCUGGGAGGUGCUUGCUCCGCUGAAUGGAACUGUGUGAUCACAGAGGACACGGGAUUCGACCUGGGGAUCACGAUCGCUCAUGAGAUUGCGCACAGUUUCGGCAUCAACCACGACGGAGUGGGGAACACGUGCAGCCGGAGCCGCUUCUUGAUGGCUUCCGAUGGAGGCUACAACAGCGUGGAUCUGAAAUGGUCACCCUGCAGCAGACCUCAGCUGCUCGCCUUCUUCAGAGAAGGACAUGCUGAAUGUGUGAAGGACCUGCCGGCCCACGAGAGUUCCCUGCAGGACUGGAAACCCGGCCUUUAUUACGGGGUUGACGACCAGUGUCGAAUCGCUUUCGGAAGUACCGCGAGAAGUUGCUCGUUCACCAAUCCAGAUCUGCCAACGUGCAGGGUUCUAUCUUGUCACACGAACCCAAACGAUGAGAGCUCCUGCAAACGUCUUCUAUUACCACUCCUCGACGGGACGGAAUGCGGACCUAAUCAAUGGUGUCUGAAAGGACGCUGCGUGUCCCCGCACCAGCUCAGUACCUCUGAGGUGAUUCACGGGUCUUGGUCCAGCUGGUCUGGCUUUUCGGGUUGCUCCCGAACCUGCGGCGGGGGAAUCGCUCACCGCACACGCCAGUGCAACAACCCGAGACCCGCUUUCGGGGGAGAUGAUUGCGUGGGGAUGAGUAUUGAGGCUGAACUUUGUAACCGGCGGCCGUGCGGGCGGACCCAGCUGGAUUUCAUGGCCGAACAGUGUUCCGCAACAGACCCGGAACCGCUUUUCCUUCGUCCGCGCCAGGCCUCAUUCUACACCUGGAUGCCUGCGGUGGGCUUCUCAAAAGGUGACGAGCAAUGCAGAUACAUGUGCCAGGCCAAGGAGGAGAACUUCAUCGUGAGCCGAGGGUCUCAGUUCGCGGACGGAACGCGCUGCGAGGCCGACGGCCAAGCUGCUUCCGGUUCCGUGGCUGCUUGUCUGCGCGGGAAAUGCCUGCUGUUCGGCUGCGAUGGCGUGUUGCAUUCUGGGAAAGUAACAGACGCGUGCGGUUUGUGCGGGGGAGACGGAUCUUCCUGCACCUUGACCUCUGACUCCUUCACUGGAGGUCGGGCAAAAGACUACACCACGUUCCUGACGUUGCCAUUAAAUGCAACGCAGGUUUAUAUUGUCAACCGGGCACCUCUGUUCACCCAUUUGGCUGUACUUUACGGAGAUCGAUAUAUCAUCGCCGGGACGGGCAGGACAAUCACGAACGUGACCCAUCCGUCCCCGCUGGAUGAUGACUGGCUUAAGUACAGCCUCCAUCUGACCCCUGACCUUUUACCUGAAAUGGAAGAGUUGCUGCUGGUCGGACCAGUACAACAGCAGAUCAGCAUUCAGGUGUAUCGCAAAUACGGGAAAGAAUAUGGAGAGAAAACAAACCCCAACAUUAGCUAUCAGCUUUAUGUUCCCAGUGCUCAGAACCACGAGACAGAAAUCAAACGCGAAGGCACGUGGAGCAUUGUAACAACACCCUGCUCUGUCUCCUGUGGUUCAGGUGUGCAGAAGCAUCAGCGUGUGUGUGUGGACAAAGAAAGCAACACACAGCUGGAGGAGCAGCAUUGUCACGCGUCUCCUCCGGUUUUAGCUCAGGAAACAGCGUGCCAGCUCCCGGCAUGCCCACCGAGGUGGGUCACAGGAGAGUUCGGACCCUGCAGCACUUCCUGCGGCACAGGAGAGCGAAUCCGUUCCGUGACAUGCGUUCGGCGACACGGCGCAGAUGUCGUCAAGGUUCAGGAUUCGGACUGCCCGGCCGACGCGGCUCCCGAUGCUGUUGAAACCUGUCACCUUCGACAUUGUCCUGGCAGAUGGCGUGUGUGGGAGGCAGGGAAGUGUUCAGCAGUGUGCGGGCCCGGAGAACUCAAACGAAACGUGUCGUGCGUGCGACAAGACGAAAGCCGAGAAGUUGAAGUCGAUGAAAGUUUUUGCUCAAAUCAGAUAAGACCUCCUGAAUUUGUGCCUUGUGUCGUGGACGUCUGUCCCGUCGGGUGGGAACAGGACCAGUCGGCUUCUCAGCUGAGCUCAAUGCCGAGAUCCAGACUGGCCCCCAUCUUUGUGUGGAGCCCGGUUGUCACUCAGUGCUCAAAGACCUGCGGAAACGGAACGUUACAAAUGUGGUUCUCAUGUGUGGACCAUCAGACCAGAGGGAGGAUACCGGACGUCUACUGUGACCCUUCGACCCAACCGCCUCCUAAAACUAAGAACUGCAACACACUCCCUUGCCCUCCCAUGUGGCGAUCUCAGCCAGGCAUCUGCAGCACAACGUGCGGCGGCGGGGUCGCCAACACAGUCCUGUACUGUUCUCGGCAGGCCGCCGGACAGCAAGAGGAGGUCCUGCGGGAUUCGGAGUGCGAGGACUUACCAAAACCCACAGCAGUGGUGUCGUGUAACACCCACAGCUGCCCGGCAAGGUGGAAGGUCGAGGUCGUGUUGCCCUGCUCUGCGUCUUGCAACCUGGGUGUAGUCCACCGCAACGUGUCCUGUGUCCAGUUCGUCCGAGGCAAGGAAAGUGUAGUGCCGGAGGAGAGCUGCCGUACGUUGGUGAAACCGGCGAGCACGGUGCCCUGCCUGGUGCAGGUCUGCACUUUGGGAUGGGAGGCCAAGCCGUGGAGCCAGUGUUCGGUGUCGUGUGGCUACGGCAUCCGGUCCAGAACCGUGUCGUGCGUGGCCCCCUCCAAGCCGGAGCCCCUCAGCCCUCUUUUGUGCAUGCACAUCCCCAAGCCCAUCACCAUCCAAGGCUGCAGCAUGGAAAGCUGCCCGGCUGUAUCACCCACCGGGCCCGUCAUCCCGGCACCGAGCCCCGCACCAAAGAAGGAUUUUCACCCGUCUCCCAAUAGAAUUCCUAAAAGGUUCCGCAUGCGCAAGCCUCUUCUAAGUCCAUCACUCAACCACGGGAAGUCCAACACAACAGCCAGACCUUCCACUAAACCAAGUGCGUGCGGAAAGCUGCUCCUGCAAGAAUCCGCCACAGUUGACUUGAGCAACGCCACCGGUCCCUGCACGGUGGCCGUCGGUCGACCUCUGGGGGAGGUCAUCCACGUCCAAGUACAGGCGAGCUCCCUGAACUGCCGGAAGCGAGAAUAUGCCGUCUUUUUCGACCGGCUGGUGCUUGUGCGAAAGUGCGAGCAGGCAGCGGGCAGCGCGCUGACCACCAGGACCAACGUCCUCCUUGUGCAUCAGAAUCUGUUCACGUCUGGGAAUGGAAUCGUCUUCACCUACACCUCGCGGAGGAACGUAAAAAAAAGCCCCAGUCAACAUUGCGACAAGCAGUUGUUCUCCUCCAGCGGGGUAUUCGAGAAUCCGACUUCGGACUCCAACAGCCCUUGUCGGGUGCUAAUCAACGCUCCCCCCUCGGUGAAGAUCCGAAUCCAAGCGGUGCACAUCGGCUUGCUCUUCAACGCCACGAACUCGCAGUCAUCCUACAUUACGGUGGGCACGUGCAGCCAUCCUAUUACCGAAAACAUUCAGCAGAAAAAAAAAAAAAAUGCGCGAAACCUGUCUUGUAUGUGUUGUCCAGAUCCGGGACAUGGACAUGCUGAAGACCAACGUGUUUCAAGGCCCACAGCUCUUUCGGUGGCAGUCCUCGGGAAACAUGGCGGAGGUUGAAUUCCAUGGAGAUUACCAGCACACAGCCGGAAGCUUUAGAGCGGAAUAUUCCUUUGUACAAGUU